AUGCUGCAGCAACCGCCGGCGCCGCUCUCGUCCCACGCGGGGUCGACGGCGAGUACAAGUACGGCCGCCGGUCGCUCCCGCUUCUCCAAGGCGCUGCCUUCGAUUCCUGCCCCCGUUUCGCUCACCCUCACCAUCCCUCCGCACCGUCCUGCCGCCGCCUCCCCUCAGCACCUGCCCAAGGCCCUUCCUCACCUGCCUCGUCCUCCCCCGCGCCGUCCCGACAAGGACGAUUGCAAGAAUAUAAGAAGUGCCAUCGCGAGGAAGCCCGUCGGUCAGUCAUCCUCGUCGACGAGUCUGCAGACGCCCGCCUCCAGUCCCCCUCCGCCACCGAAGCCCGACACGCCGGCAACCGGUCCGCCUUCGACGACGGCCGUCACCAGCACCGCCGCCGCGACUCCCUCGUGCGCCAUGUCGAUACCCAGAAGACCCAUCGGUGGCAGCACCAGCACCGGCAACGGCGACGGCGACGCCAAGGGCACCGGCACCGGCACCGGCACCGGCGGCGACGGCGAGGCUCCCAAGUACCAGCUGGCCCAGCUGGCGCCCACCGACUCCUUCUCGAGCCUGCUGUUGGCCUAUUCCCCCGACGCGAGCGAGCCGACGGCCGGCGGCGCCGGUGCCAAGGUGCAGCCGUGGGAGCCUGCCGUCGGCGUCGCGAGCGAGGAGGGCGGCGGCCAACAACACGGGGCCGUCGCUGGAGCCGCUGGCGCUGCCGUGAACAGCCCUGCCCUCCCGCCCCAUCAGCGCGGCCAAACAGAUUCUCCCCUCCCCCCGUCCAAGGACGAAAAGGCUCUCCCUCAGCGACCUCGCACGCCCCCCUCGGCCAAAGCACAGCCGGACCUUCCGAAGCUCGACACGCCUCCCCGCCUCGAGAUCUGGCGCCGCCGUCCGCACAAGCAGGACGCCGCCCGCGAGCUCCCCGACCUCAGGCUCGACCAGAGUCACGGCUCGACGGCCUCGAGGCCCGCCUCCCAGCAGUCCUCUCCGACGAGGCCAAGAGCGGAGCCUCCACACCCGUCGCGCGCAUCCGAGGAAACCAUCAAGCCCACGACGACGCCCUAUCCACUUCACCCUGCGCCGCUCGAAUUGCCGAGCCGCAACGUGCAGCCUGCAGCAAAGGAGCAGCUAUCGUCGUCGUCGUCAUCGUCGUCGUCGUCAUCAUCGCCGCCGCCGCCGCCGCCGCCGCCGCAGCAGCAGGAGGUAGCCCAAGCUCGGGCCAUGGGUGGCAACGUGGUGUCGAGGCUGAACAAGGCCAAGGGCUCUCCCAAGCAGCACGCCGGCGGCGACGCCAACGUCGACCAUGCCCCCCGCUUGGCUGCCCAGCGACCCCCGACGCCCGAGUACCACAAGGAGGACAUCAAUUCGGCCCCGCCAGUCGUCGACACCUUCUCCUCUCCCGUCUCUCCCGCUUCGUCCUCGUCCUCGCCAAAGUGUCUCCCCGCCGAGGUGCCGUCCAAGGCGCCGCCGUCGCGCCCUUCCAAGGAGGCCCUCAAGGACGCGCUGGUCGGCAGCAGCAAUGCGCCUCCGAAACGGGCGCUGCCCCCCUCGGCACCCAACCUGCACGGCGCCGUCAGCCUCCAGAGCCUGAGAAACGACGCGAGGGCUUCUGCGAGCAGCAGGUCAAGCCCGCGACGCCAUUCCCCCCCCGCCGAAGCGCUGGACCAGGCCAGGCUCCCGCCGCCGAGCUCGUCGACGAGAUCCGACGGCCGCCGCGUCGCGGAACCGCCGCGUCGCACCACGCCCGACGUGGAUCCGAGAAUCGUCUACUCCGAGUCGCACUCGCCCCUCUACAGGGGCAGGGAUGGAACGCUGUACCCCGAGAUGAAGAUGACGCACGAGCCGGAUCCGAAGGCGGCCUACUUUCCGUCGCAGGUCGUCGACGGGCCCGUCGAGCAGGGCAUCAUCAUCCCCGCCCAGCCGCUCAAGGACUCGCACUUCCACUGCUAUCAGAGCCACCGAAACAUGCACCGCCGCCGGAAUCAGCACUACCCCCUCACCUGCCAGACGUGCGACAAGGCCGACACGGAAGACCGGUGGGUCUGCACCUUUUGCUACCUGCGCAUCUGCGAGGCCUGUCAGCGGGCCUUCAACGGCCACCAACGAGUGCUGCGUCGCCUCGUCGACGAGCUGGCCCCGAGCACGCCCCUCAGCACCUCUUCCAUCCCCAGGCCCGACUCCCCUCUCGAGCUGCAGCUGGCGGCGUAG